UUUAGGUUGGAAGUGUGUUCCUACAGUGGAUACAAAGUAUAUCCAGGCCAUGGAAAGAGGGCAAUUCGCGGUGAUGGUCGGCAGUUCUACUUCCUCAGCUCUAAAUGUGAGCGAUCACAUUAUCUGAAGCGGAAUCCCCGUGAGGUCAGUUGGACUGUACUAUAUCGCCGCAAGUACAGGAAAGGUGCUGUUGAGGAGCUUGCGAAAAAGCGCACUAAAAAGGUUACCAAAACGGCCCGUGCUUUUGCCGGUGCUAGCCUCACUGAAAUCAUGGCUAAGCGCAAUCAGAACCCAGAGGUUCGUAAGGCCAUGCGUGAGCAGGCAAUGCGUGCACUCAAAGAAAAGCAGAAGGCAAAGGAAGCUGAAAAGAGGGCCAAGAAGGCUGAAUUAAAGAAGAAACAAACCGCUGGACCCGCCCAAAAGCAGCAACAGAAGGCAGCCAAGAAAGUUGGUAAGCCCACCCAGAAGGGAGGAAAGCGAUUCUGA